AUGAGUAUUGUGAAUUUUAUUUACCCAGAUCAUACUAUAACAUCUGAUCCCUAAAUUUAGCUUCGAUUUUCCCGGACCUGAUUAAAGUGGUUGUUUACAUUGAUCUGAGACGUGAACUCUCUCUAAUACGAUGGGAAGCCAGUGUAUACAAACGUAAGUCGACGAUAUUCUCCGUUAAUCCGCCUUCGACCAAUCAGCGUCGAGGUUGCGGGAAAGGGGGCGGAGUCUGAGUUCACGCUCGAUUCGGUCGAUUAUGCCCGGGAUGGUAGAAGAAGGCGCAACCUCUUUAUGUUGUCGCUCUAAUUUCUCAUCAUCUUGGCUUAAUUGCAACCUUAAUCGAGGCCUAAGAGGCAAUCAUAAUAUUGCCCACCUGAAGAUUUAAAUCGGUCUUUAAUUUUGGGGGUUACUAUAAUAGUUGGGGUUAAUGAGGAAGGGUAUUAAUGGAGCCAAUAAUUUGGUUUAUAUUAGACAUUGAAUUUGCUUGCAAUAGGUUAUAAACUUGGGCGUUUUUAUUUUAUAUUGUAUAUACAUGGGAAAUGUGUUCGUGAAGUAUACUGUAACUCAUAUUGAGAACAAAAAAUUCGGUUUUGCAAUAACUGUCGGAAGUCUUUAGACCCAAAAUUUUUGGAUUACUGUAUUUUAUUUUAAUUUGUUUAGUGCUGAUUAAGCUUGUUGUUGUUACCUAAUUUAUGUUUCAGAUCCCUUCAGAAUGAGUUUCUUGAUAGCAAAUCUGUUGGCCAAGAAGCCGCGAGAUCCCUUGCCUCCCCCUUCCCCAUCAGCGUCCUUCCCGUUCUCUCCGAUCAGUUCCCCAUACCCUUUGGAUCUUCUCCCCCAGUCCCCCCUUACCCUCUCCUCGCCGUUCCCUUCCACCAGUUUCCUUGGAAUGCCUUUGGGUAAGUUCCUCGAUCAUAAUUGCUGUUUUUAUUACCGUUGACCUGUCAUGAAUUGAGUGUAAUGUGGAGAUACCUGCGAUCCCUUAUCUCUCCUUGCUCUGCCUCCCUUGAUCACUUUAUCUCCAUCCAAUGGAGCGUUAACUAAUUAUGGGGGAUAGUGCAUAAGGCGCUGUUAAUCGCCUUUUCGCUCCUUCCAAAUUCCAAAACUUUUAUUUUGCGACGUUUUAAUUCAUCGACGUCUUAAUAGACUUAGAAUAACACGAUGGAGAUGGUAUUUGGAAGGGAGGGGAGAUUACCGAGGAUUUGGGAGCAAAGGGAUACUGUACAUCACUCAAGGAAUAAAAGUUCAGAGGAAAGGUACACGUAUUCUUUUUGCAAAAUUUUGCCCUUCGAAAUUCAUGAUUUGCCGCCUUUUCCCUCACAAAAACCGCCAAAGCAGCCAGAUUACACAACAAUUGCAUAAGAUGACAUAAAUAAACACGCCUGAUUAAAAGUAAAAGUAUUUGUUUAGUCAACAUGUUCGGUCCAUUGUCGUAUCUUCCGGUCUUCAAUGGCGAAGUCGGCAUGUUACAUCAACUCUCUCAUUGUCGCCGAAAACGGCGACAUCGGACCAUCUUCACCGACGAACAAUUAAGUGUUUUGGAACAAAACUUUGCCCUAAAUCAAUACCCAGAUAUGGGAAUGAGGGAGAAAUUGGCAGUGCAGUGUGAACUGAAGGAAGAGAGAGUCGAGGUGCGGGAAGGAAACUUAGGAUGUAGUAAAAGAACAUUAGUUUCAUCAAGGGUUUUUAUUAUUUGGUCAUGGAUAAUAUAACUUUAUUUCCUUCAGAUUUGGUUCAAAAAUCGUCGAGCUAAGGAGAGAAAGAAAGGGAAAGAAGGGUCGACCUCUGCUUCUGGGCAUUCUCCCCAUUCAGAGGAGAGCAAUCACCUUAUCCAUGAAGAUUCAGACUUUGAAGAUUACGAAUCGAAGCCAAUGAAGAGAGGUCUCGAGGAAAAGGACGAGGAGAUCCAGCGGAAACGAGUCAAAACCAAGUAG